AUGAAGUGGAAUAUCGGCUUCGGCUCCUCUUCUGACUCGGCACCAGCCAUGCCGGCCGACCAUCCUCCCGUGCCGACCGGCGCCGGUGCUGCCCAGUGCCCCAUCGACCACGCCUCCCUCUCUCCCGAGAUGAUCGCCGCUCACAAGGCCCGCGCCGAGGCUGAAAAGGCCAAGGCGGCCCAGUGCCCCAUCGACCACGCCUCCAUGUCUCCAGAGGAGAUUGCGGCGCUCCGCGCCCGCACCCAACAGAAGAACGAGGGCGGCGGUAUGAUGGGUGCGCUUGGGGCGGCAGUUGGUGCACCCAACGCCCUCAACCCCGUCAACCACAUUCCUGAGGGACUGUCAGCGACGGAGCGCGCGCCGGGACAGCAGAUCGACCUGUCGACUGAGCGGACAAUGAGCACCAUUCCUCGCCCGCAGACCAAUGAGGACGCAUAUGGCGGCGGCGAGGACAAGGUCUGGGCGUACCCCAGCCCUCAGCAGUUCUACAACGCACUCGUCCGUAAAGGAUGGGAGACGCCAGAAGACUCGAUCGACAUGAUUGUCGACAUCCACAAUUUCAUCAACGAGGGCGCAUGGGACGAGAUCAUGAAGUGGGAGAAGCGGCGGCCUGGAGGUGAGCAUGCGCAGCUGGCAAAGUUCCAGGGCCGGCCACAUGACUUGACCCCCCGUGCGCGGUGGCAGCUGUUCAUGGCCAAGCUCUUCCCGAACGAUUACAGUUCCGAGCCGCCUUUUGACCGGCACGACUGGAUUGUCACGCGUCCAAUCCUCGACGCAGAGGGUAACAAGACCAAGGAGGAGGCGUCGACGCGCUACGUCAUCGACUAUUACUCUGUGCCCAGUACUGAGGGCGAGGCCGUGUUCUCGCUCGAGGUGCGGCCGGCACUCGACUCGUUUGCGGACGCGAGCGAGCGUGUCAAGAUGGCUGCGCAGGAGUGGAUGCAGAGCCGCAGCUGA